CGCCUUUCCCUCUUCCUUCGCUUGCCACUCAAGCCUCUCCAUUGAAUUCUGUGCAACGGAUUGGGAAUAAAGGAAUGAAUGUUUGAAGCUUGUUAUGAUGACAUUCUUUCAUAGACAUGAGGAGGUUAUCUGCCUUCUUUCCAAACUGCAAUCUUCGAAUCUCAUUUUACAAUGUGAAUUCGUCUUCUGCCACCAGCCAGCUAUCUGUCUUUUUCUAUUCGAGUUAUUCUUUGGUUGAAAGGAUUACUCCCUCUCGACCCUUCCCUGAUUACUCUCCCAAAAAACCAUCCUUAAGAGAUUCCGAAUUUGUCCAACAAGUGUCCAAUACAGUUAAACAACGUCCUUAUGAGACCCUUCACUGGGCUUUGAAGUCAUUUGAACCUAAUUUCAGGUCUGACCAUUUCAUUUGGGUUCUCAUGAACAUAAGGAAUGAUUACAAACUUGUAAUGGAUUUGUAUUACUGGUGGUCCUCACUAAGCAAACCAUCUCUCGAGGCCCGUUGCGUUGUUCUUCACAUUGCAACAUCAUCUAAAGACACCAAGACAUCACGAAGACUCAUGCGUGAUUUUUGGAUUAAACCAAGUUUAGACAUCGAUAUUUCAUUCGUCAAUUUCUUUGAAAUGCUAGUUUACACUUAUAAGGAUUGGGGCUCUAGUCCUUGUGUUUUUGAUAUUUUCUUCCAAGUCCUUAUUGAAGUAGGUUUGUUAGUAUAUGCGCGGGAGCUUUUUGACAAGUUAUUGAAUUAUGGCAUAGUUUUAUCCGUUUCUUCAUGUAACCUCUAUCUUUCCCGUCUAGCAAACAGUAUUGACGGGAAAAAAUUUGUAUUGAAGGUGUUUAGUGAAUUUUCUACUUUGGGUAUUUCAUGGGAUACUGAAUCUUAUAAUAUCAUGGUUCAUUCGCUUUGCCAAAUAGGAAGAGUGAAAGAAGCUCAUAGCCUUCUCCUGCAAAUGGAACAGAGGGGAUGCAUCCCUGAUGUUGUAAGUUACAGCACUGUAAUUAAUGGGUACUGUAAUUCUGGGGAUUUGGAGAUGGUCUUGAAGAUCAUAGAAGAAAUGCACGCAAAGGGUCUUAAACCAAACACACAUACUUAUAACAGCAUAAUUCUUCUUUUGUGCAAGACUGGUAAAGUAUCACAUGCAGAGGAGCUCCUGAGGGAAAUGAUGGCAAAGGGAAUUUCUCCGGACACUGUUCUUUAUACAACUCUCAUCGACGGGUUCUGCAAAUUUGGGGAUGUGACUUCUGCAUUCAGAUUGUUCAAUGAGAUGCAGUCUUGGAAUUUUCUUCCGGAUUUGGUAGCGUACACUGCACUUAUAUGUGGUUUAUGUCAAACUGGAAAGGUUAAAGAAGCAUAUAAGCUCCUUCAUGAUAUGAUCAACCAUGGUUUGCGACCGGAUGUGUUUACUUACACUACACUUAUUGAUGGUCACUGUAAAGCUGGUGAGGUUCAGGCUGCAUUCUCUCUCCAUAACCAAAUGGUCCAGAUGGGAUUGGUCCCAAACGUUGUCACUUAUACUGCACUGGCUGAUGGGCUAUGUAAAAAAGGUGAGCUUGAUAUGGCAACUGAUCUUCUUCAGGAGAUGUGUGGGAAGGGACUUGAGCUGAACAGUUAUACUUACAAUUCACUCAUCAAUGGUUUUUGCAAAGCUGGAAAUAUUUCCCAAGCACUAAACGUGAUGAAAGAUAUGGAGGCUUGUGGCGUGCUACCUGACAGUUUUUCCUACACUACAUUAAUGGAUGCUUAUUGUAAAUCUGGAGAAAUGGCCAAGGCGCACGAUCUUCUUCGCGAUAUGCUGUCCAGAGGGAUUGAGCCCACAAUAGUGACAUUCAAUGUUUUGAUCAAUGGGUUUUGUGCCUCUGGGAGGCUCGAAGAGGGCGAGGAACUCAUGGGAUGGAUGAUGGAGAAAGGCAUAAUGCCAAACACAACCACUUACAAUUCUCUAAUGAAGCAACACUGCAUCAGGAACAAUGUCCGUGUCGCAUCAGAGAUUUGCAAGGGAAUGGCAAAAAAAGGAGUUAUGUUGGACUGUAAUUCGUAUAACAUCUUGAUAAGAGGACAUUGCAAGGCUAGGAAUAUGAAGGAAGCUUGGUUUUUACAUAAAGAAAUGGUUGAGAAGGGAUAUAAACCAACAGUCGACACGUACCACGCACUCAUUCAGGGUUUCUUGAAACGAAAGAAGUUUUCUGAAGCCAAAGUUUUCUUCGAAGAGAUGAGGAGAGAGGGAUUGAGUGUAGAUAAGAAACUAUACUGCUUGUUCACAGACAUGCAGUUUGAGGAAGGAGAGAUUGAUAAGGCUCUUGAGCUCUGUGAUGAAGCAAUAGAGAAGUGUCUCGUGAACGAAACUAAACGCCCUCCCGGAUCUUAGUUUUCGUGGGAUUUUACUGGGUUUGUUUGUUGUUGUCGACUUGGGUUUUGUUCUUUUCAGUUGUAAAAGAUGUUGGAAGAAACUGGAAAGAGUUGGAAGAAACUAUACGUUUGACGUGGUUGGAGAAGAGUUGGAAAGUGCUGCUAGAAUAUUUUUGGGUGGCAUGCAGACUUCACAUUUGUUUCUAGAGUAAAUGAUGCCUAUAAGUAGUAAAAUACAAAUUUACCCUUGAAGUCCUGUGGUUGUUCCGGACGUGGGGCCCGCGGGUGAUGAUAGGGAUGGGCUGUGAAAUUCCCAUCUAAAAGAAGCACAUUAUAGGAAGAAGGGGUAAGGCGGCGUACAUAUUGACUUUUGGAGUUCUGAGCCCCAAUGUAUUUUUACGUGCUCCGCUCGAGGUGAUGUUUUUAGCAUUAUUAACUCUAUUACAAUAUAGCAUGUGUCAUAGU